AUGACUUCUUCAACACAACAUUCAGAAACUGUUGCCAAUACAUCAGUUGGUGAUGCAUCUGCUGAUGUUUAUAUGACAAAUUCAGAAGAAAAUCAAAUUAAUGGCAUUGAUGAAGAAUCAACUACAAAUGAAAAUAAAACGGGUAAACGAAAACGAUCAACAAAAAAAUCACUAGAACCAACAGAAAAUAUACCUAAUGGACGUCCAAAACGUACAUUAUCUAAACGUGAUGACGUACCAACAAAUAUGAUUAAUGGCAUUACAAAAACAAAUAAAGCUAAAACUGAACAAAUAAGUGGUGAAGCCGAUGAUGAUCAAGAACGUGAUAAACAAAUUCCAAUACUUCAUGAUGUUGCUGAUGUUGUUUGGGUUAAAAUGGGUGGACAUCCUUGGUGGCCAAGUCUUGUAAUUCGAGAUCCAAAUGAUCCAAGUGGAUGUUUUACAAAAAUUUCUGGUAAUGCACGAGCAAAACGCAUGUAUUUCGUUGUAUUCUAUGGUUCGACUGCUGAUUUUGCAUGGGUAUCUGAUGCAGCAAUAAUACCAUAUCAAGGUGUUGAAGCAUUUACUAAAUAUGCUCAAGAAACUGUUGAUAAAGCACAAACAAAAUCUCAAAAAGAACAAUUAACUGAACGAUUUCAAUUAAAAGUUACAAUUGGUCGACGUGAAGAUUGGGAAAUGGCUGUACGUGAAGCUGAUGAAGCAAUUAAACAAACUAAUGAAAAACGUCUUGAAGAAAUUGAACCUAAAGUUCAUUUCUAUACAAAAAGACUCGUUACACCAAAAGGUCAACCUGGUCGUCGACCAAAACCAUCUGUUACAAAAUCAGAAGAAUCUAAUGAAACACCAAUAAUUGAUACAAAUAAUCGUUCAUUACUUGCUGAAAAAGCAUUUGAAUUUAAAUCUGAUGAUGAAGAUUCAUCAACUGAUUCACCUAUACGUAAAAGUUCAUCAGUUAAAAUAAAACUUAGUAAACAAACAUCAAAUGAUUCGGAUUCAAAUCCAACACCACCGAAUAAAAAUCGUUAUAUACCAAAAACAAUUUUAUCGAAUGAAAAAAUAAAUUCUACAUCAACACCAUCAACAAUAACAACUGUUUUUGGACAAACAGCAAAUGGUUCAUCAGUUUCAUAUGAACAACAAACAUCAACAAAUAAUUCCGUUGAUACAACACCAAUUAAAAUAAAUUCAACUAAAAUGAUUAAUGGUUCAAGUAGUGGACGAAAACGUGGUCGACCACGUCUUAAACAACCAUCAAUAUCAUCAAGUAAUGAUGAUACACCACCUCCACCUGUACCAGAAUUUAAUUCUGCUAGUCCAUCAGUUACAACAAAAUUUACAACACAACGUAAACCAAUUAUAAAACCACAAGCAUUUAUGAAUUCAUCAACAAAUAAUAUUGUUAGUGGACAACAUGAUAUACGAACUGGAUUUUUAUCACCAUUUGAAGAACAAGAAGUACUUGAUGCACUUGAACAAUUAGGUUCAACAAAAACAUUUGAAGAAGCUGAACAAAAAGCUAAACGUCGUUUUGAACAUAUACUUUGUUUAAAUCUUAAUCGAACACAUGUUGAUAUACCACAAGAAUGGUUUUAUACAUUUUUGUUUUCUCAUCCAUCAUUAAUAAUAAAAAAUCCUCAAUGGUUUACUGAAAAAACUAAUACGGAUACAUUGAAUGAUAAUGAUUUACUUAAUGAUGUUCAAUCAUCAAGUAGUUUAGCUGUUCUUAAACAUCAAUUAGUUGUUUUAUCGAAAUUAUAUCGUAAUGAAUUACAAGCUCGUCAAUCAGCACCUGUUAAAAAACGACGAUCAACAGCUGGUAGUAUUGGAAAACAAAAAUCAAUUGAGAAAAAACAAGAUUUCGAUGAUAAAUUAAAUGAUAUACAAGGUAAAGAACAACAACAACAACAGCACCAAGAGGAACUUAUUGCUUAA